UUUUCUUUUUUCAAACCGCGCAGGUCCGGUUGUAUUCUGGGUAAAAAAAAAAAAAAGAAUGGAUACAUCGACUAAGAAGAAGAAAACGAAAGGAUGGAAAAUACAAGACAAAUAAAUGAGCCGACGCGAGUCUGCGCUGCGAAUGCGUUAGAAACAGCGAGGAUGAAGGCGAUGGUGCGUUUUAUGUUGUCUUAAUGGAGCCUAAGUGGAUAUUUUUCGCCUCGAAGCUGCGGUGCGUUCACGUACCGCGAGAAUGCUUUAAAAUAGAAAUAUGGGCUGAAAUAAAUGACAGGAUCAACUAAAGAAGGAGGCACCAAUGAUGGAGGCUGUCAUCAUGUUGGCGGUUCUUUCCAGAGGAAUAUUAUGUGACUCUUUGACAUUUCAUUGUUGUCAUUAUUAAUAAUGAUAUGAUGAUGAACAGCACGGUGACGCCAUCAGACCUGACGGAUGUGCCCAAGCAGGUGAACUUGAACGGCACCCAGGCGUCACACGGCCCCCCGACAUGGGCGCUCGUCCACACGACCACGUUGACCUUCUGCUCCCUCCUCCUCGUCUUCAUCUUCUUCCUGGGUUCCUACGGCAACCUGGUGGUGUUCCUCUCCUUUUUCGACCCGGCCUUCCGCAAGUUCCGCACCAACUUCGACUUCAUGAUCCUCAAUCUGUCUUUCUGCGAUUUGUUUAUUUGCUGCGUGACGGCGCCCAUGUUCGCGCUGGUGCUCUACCUGGACGCGGGCGGCGGCGACGGCGUGUCCAAGAGCUUCUGUUUCGCCUUCCACCUGACCAGCUCCGGCUUCAUCAUCAUGUCGUUGGAGACAGUGGCGGUCAUCGCCCUGCACCGCCUGCGGAUGGUGCUGGGCCAGCAGCCCAACCGCACCGCCUCCUUCCCGUGCACGCUGGCGCUCACCGCCCUCCUGUGGACGUCCAGCUUCACGAUGGCCGCCCUCCUCACCAUGCGGGCGUACCCGCGCAGGGACGGCCCCUGCCUGCCCCACUUCGGUCUCGGAGGGGGCCGGGCCCGGCUGGUUCUGUACGCCUACCUCGCUGACUUCGCCUUUUGUGUCGCCGUGGUGACCGUGUCUUAUCUGAUGAUCGCGCAGACCCUGAGGAAGAACGUCCAAGUGAGGAAGUGUCCCGUCAUCACGGUGGCUGCCAGGUGCACGCCGCCUCUGGUCGCCACCGGCCUGGAGGGGGUGCAGUGCGGCUCUCAAGGCCCCCCGUUGUACCGGAAGCUCCAGAACGUAAAGACGCACUCUUACCCCAACCAACCCCUGGUUCCGGGGGCUGCGCAGGGAGCCACGUGUUGUCAGCUGCUGUCUACGGUCAACUUGGCCACCGCCAAAGACUCCAAAGCCGUGGUCACCUGUGUCGUCAUCGUGUUCUCCGUCCUGCUGUGCUGCCUCCCGAUGGGGGCGUGCUUGGCGCGGGACGUCCUGUCGCCCGAGAGCAGCUUCGCGCACCACCAGUUCGAACUGUGCAGCUUCGUGCUCAUCUUCCUCAAAUCGGGCAUCAACCCUUUCGUGUACUCGCGCAACAGCGCCGGCCUGCGGCGCCGCGUCCUGUGCUGCGUGCACUGGGCGGCGCUGGGCCUGCUGUGCUGCAAGCAAAAGACUCGCCUGCACGCCAUGGGCAAGGGCAGCCUGGAGGUCAACCGGAAUAAAUCCUCGCACCACGAGACCAACUCGGCCUACGUGCUCUCGCCCAAGGCCCAGAAGAGACUGGUGGACCAGGCUUGCGGGCCGAGUCAGUCCAGGGAUUGCGCCGCCAGCCCUAGAGGUGGGCGCAGGCCCCGCCCCGCCAGCACGUCCACGCCCAUCAACACCCGCAUCGAGCCGUACUACAGCAUUUACAACAGCAGUCCGUCGGCGGGGCCCAGCUCGCCCACCAGCCUCCAGCCUGCCAGCUCACAGACGUUCGCCUUUGCCAAGUCCUACGUCGCCAUGCACUACCACACCCGUAACGACACGCUGCAGGACUUUGACAGCGCCUCACUGCAGCAGAUCCCCGCCCCCUCAGUCUGAACUUUCACUUGGGAUCUGUUGUGUUCUGCAGCAAGAAGGUUGCGGGGUUCUUGUGCUUGAGUUUGUUCUCUCUGGGAAUGCCAAGUGGUUCCCUUAAUGGAUUUAUUUGAAUUUUAUUUAAUACAAUUUUAAAGGCCUACUGAAAUUAGAUUUUCUUAUUUAAACGGGGAUAGCAGGUCCAUUCUAUGUGUCAUACUUGAUCAUUUUGCGAUAUUGCCAUAUUUUUGCUGAAAAUAUAUUUAGUAGAGAACAUCAACGAAAGAUUUUGCAACUUUUGGUCGCUAACAGAAAAGCCCUGCCUUUACCGGAAGUCGCAGACGAUGAUGUCACCCGUUGAGGGCUCCUCACAUCCUCACAUUGUUUUUAAUGGGAGCCUCCAACGAAAACAGCUAUUCGAACCGGGACAACGACAAUUUCCCCAUUAAUUUGAGCGAGGAUGAAAGAUUUGUGUUUGAGGAUAUUGAUAGCGACGGACUAGAAAAAAAUAAAAUCAAGUCAAAAAAAAACCGCGAUUGCAUUAGGACAUAUUCAGACUUUUUUAGACACAUUUACUAGGAUAAUUCUGGGAAAUCCCUUAUCUUUCUAUUGUGUUGCUCGUGUUUUAGUGAGUUUAAUAGUACCUGAUAGUCGGAGGGUUUUUUCCACGGGUGUCUUGAGGCCAGUGUCUGAUGGAAGUCGACGGCAGCUGUGUGGACGGCACAAACUCAGCUGAUCCCCGGUAAGUGCCGACUUUUUACCACAAUUUUCUCACUGAAAACUGCUGGUUGACAUUUGGUCUGGAUCCAUGUUCGCUUGACCACUCUGAUCCAUAGGAAAGGUUCACCUCCGGGAAUUUUAAACAAGGAAUCACCGUGUGUUUGUGUGGCUAAAGGCUAAAGCUUCUUAAUUCCAUCUUUCUACUUUGACUUCUCCAUUAUUAAAUGAACAAAUUGCAAAAGAUUCAGCAACACAGAUGUCCAAAAUACUGUCUUAAUUAUGCAGUUUAAGCAAACGACUUUUAGCUGUGUGUGUGCACAGCGCUAAUAUUUCCUAACAGUCCAUGACGUCACGCGUACACGUCAUCAUUCUGAGGUGUUAGCAACAAGAAACUCCCGGGAAAUUUAAAAUUGCAAUUUACUUAACUAAACCGGCCGUAUAGACAUGUGUUGCAAUGUUAAUAUUUCAUCAUUGAUAUAUAAACUAUCAGACUGCUUGGUGGGUAGUAGUGGGUUUCAGUAGGCCUUUAAUAUGUAAUUAUACAAUUUUUUGUUUUUAAAAACAUUUCUUAUAUUAACCUAUUUGUUUAUAAUAAUAAUACAUUUAAUUUAUAAACGCCUUUCAAAAAAAACCCAAGGACACUUUACAUAAUAUAAGAGGGGUGUCAAACAUACAGGUUUUAGCCGGCCCACGGAUAAAGUAUAAAACUUGACCUGAAUUUUUGAGUGAAAUAAACAGCUGUUCUAAAAGUGUCCACUAGAUGUCAAUCUUUGUAGAUGAUGCUGAGUAAGUACAAAAUGAACCACAAGAUGUAAGUACAUCAGUCGAGGAAAAUGAUCAAACUAAUAAAAUACUGUAAUUUGAUUUUGAUAUAAUUUAUUUAAUCUUGAUUGAAAAUGCACAGCAAUGAGUUGACUGAUGAACAUAAUCACAUAAUUUAUUCAGAAAAUAUAAAUAACGACAAAUAAAUCAGUGUAAAAAAAAACCCUAACAUUAUGAUUUGUAAAUUUUCAGAAUGUGUUUGUAGACAUGCACCUGGGGAUAGGUUGAUUGGCAACACUAAAUUGGCCUUAGUGUGUGAAUGUUGUCUAUCUGUGUUGGCCCUGCGAUGAGGUGGCGACUUGUCCAGGGUGUACCCCGACUUCCGCCCGAAUGCAGCUGAGAUAGGCGCCAGCGACCCCAGAAGGGACAAGAGGUAGAAAAUGGAUGGUGUUUGUUCUAUUUUUAAACAAAUACAACAAUCUGAAGUUGUCUUUAUUUUUAAGUUAUCAUGCUGUGAUUUUACCAGUCCGGUCCACUUGGAAGUAGAUUUUUCUCCAUAUGGCCCCCAUCUAUAAUGAGUUUGACACCCCUUGUAUAUAAACAAUAUAAAAUAACAAAGGCUACUCUAUCAAUCUCCUUACAUGCGAACCACCAGUUUUCCCAUUUUACAUAUGGAUAGCAAUUUUGAGGCCUUGAUACACGCCCCCCCCCAUUACUUAAGACAUUGCAGUAGACCAGGGGUUCUCAACCUUUUUUCAGUGAUGUAACCCCCUGUGAAAAUGUUUUUAAUUCAAGUACCCCCUAAUUAGAGCAAAGCAUUUUUGGUUGAAAAAAAAAAAAGAGCUAAAGAAGUAAAAUACAGCACUAUGUCAUCAGUUUCUGAUUUAUUAAAUUGUGUAACAGUGCAAAAUAUUGCUCAUUUUUAGUGGUCUUUCUUGAACUAUUUGGAAAAAAAGCUAUAACAAUAACUAAAAACUUGUUAAAAAAGUGAAAAGUGAUUCAAUUAUAAAUAACGAUUUCUACACAUAGAAGUAAUCAUCAACUUAAAGUGCCCUCUUUGGGGAUUGUAAUAGAGAUCCGUCUGGAUUCAUGAACUUAAUUCUAAACAUUUCUUCACAAAAAAAGAAAUCUUUAACAUCAACAUUUAUGGAACAUGUCCACAAAAAAAUCUAGCUGUCAACACUGAAUAUUGCAUUGUUGUAUUUUUUCACCCAAAGUUUAUGAUCUUACAUACAUACUUUGUUGAAGUAUAAUUCAAUAAGUAUGUUUAUAAAGGAUUUUUGAAUUGUCGCUAUUUUUAGAAUAUUUAAAAAAAAAUCUCACGUACCCCUUUGCAUACCUUCAAGUACCCCCAGGGGUACGCGUACCCCCAUUUGAGAACCACUGCAGUAGACAACCACCAUGUGUCCCACCAGGCAUUUUAAAGAUAUAUAUUUAUCAGCUGUGUAUUAUGUACCAUAAGAGUUGUUCAACAUAACAAUUACAAUCCAUCCAUCCAUUUUCUACCGCUUAUUCCCUUUUGGGGUCGCUGGCGCCUAUCUCAGCUACAAUGGGGGGGAAGGCGGGGUACACCCUGGACAAGUCGCCACCUCAUCGCAGGGCCAACACAGAUAGACAGACAACAUUCACACACUAGGGCCAAUUUAGUGUUGCCAAUCAACCUAUCCCCAGGUGCAUGUCUUUGGAAGUGGGAGGAAGCCCACACAUUCACGGGGAGAACAUGCAAACUCCACACAGAAAGAUCCUGAGCCUGGAUUUGAACCCAGGACUGCAGGACCUUCGUAUUGUGAGGCAGACGUACUAACCCCUCUGCCACCGUGAAGCCCAAUUACAAACUAAACAAUUACAAAUUAAACUAUAUUUUUAUUAUCGUUGCCCACCACCGCAUUUAAGGUGGUGUGGCUCGCAACAUCAUUUUUGUGGCCUUAUCCAGUAUAUUCGCUGGUGAGGAACCAUUAUAAACUACAAAAAUAUUAUGUACUUAGUAAUUGACAACUUUCCUGUUUUUCGCAUCCAUCCAUUCACUUUAUGACUUCUGAACAUGUCAGCACACCACUGAGGUAAUGGAACCCUGAAAUUGGCUGUAAUCUGUAAUGCUUGUUUGGUGUGUCAGACAGGAUAGACUGACCCUUAUAAAAAUCACCUGGGAUAGGCUCCAGCUGAUCCUGAACAGGAUACGUCGUGUAGAAGAUGGAUCCAUGGUGGACAGUGACGUAAAGAAAGACUUUUGAUCAAAUUAUUUUUGCUGUGUUUUUGGGGUAUUCCUGAUGUUCCUAUGGAUCUAACUGUUGUGUUGCACAUCUGUGGGCUGCUACAACCUGACAUCGGAGGCCUUCAGUGCACACACAAGGCUGUAGUUGACAUUUUUUUGUGCUUUUUAACACAUUUAUUUGUGAACCCCAUGCACACUUUUUAACACAAUAAAUGUUUGAAAAGU